AUGUUCUCAUUUCUCUUAUCUAGCAGUAUUUGUGAAACAUAUCAGGCUAAAUUUGGAUUCAACUCGGCUCCAUUGGUCGGCAAUGAACCAACAGCAAUAGAUUUUACCUCUUUAAACGAAGAUUCUUUCUACGUUUUGUUACACAACGCUGAUGGCAUUGAUAAAAGAAAACUAUCCAAGAAAAAUCAGUUUUCUAGUAUCAGUGCAAUAAAUGGAACCAAAUUUGCAAACUUCACAGUUUUACCAGAUUUACGUUGUGUCUUUGAAAACUUUAUUAUUGGUGUUUCAAGCAUGCCAAUAUACGCUGAUAUUAACCCAGGAAACUCACUGAACAGACAUUGUUUCUAUGUUGCCACAACUAAGAAUGCAGACAUCAGAUUCAAGUGCAACUUGAAUACAUCGUGCCACAUUCAAGUCUAUGAAGACAUGUUGAAUCCGAUUGAUAAGAAAGAAGAUGUUUUAAACUACAGAUCGAAGAAUCUUAUCUUUGUAGUUACUCCAGAUGAAUAUUCAUCAGGAGUUGCUGGUAUUUCAUCGAUCACAGCUCCAGACUAUUCAGAAAAUGAUACGGUUGGAUCAUAUUAUUACAUGAACAGUGGAUUCGAAAAGCAUUCUGUUCCAAGUGCAAAGUUAGGCAGUGAGUAUCCUCAAGAGGAUAGGUCUACUACAUAUACAACUGUUGUCACUGGUGAACCAGAAAAACCAGGUGUUCAUAAUGUAGAUUUGAGAUCAAAGAAGGAAACGAAGUUAUACAUUUCAGAACAUUCAGUUGUUAUGUUCUUGGAUACACCAAACUUCGAUAAAGUCAACAUCAAAGUUCAUUCAGGAAUCAACACAGUCAACAUGCGAAGUAAGUAUGAUUACAACAUUCCUUAUGCAGUUGUUUUCAAGUCAUCAGGAUACAUCAUCUUCCAGUCCGAUUUCACAUCAGAUAUCACAUAUUGCAUCAUCCCGUAUGAUAAAGAAUAUAAGUGUGACAACAAGUUCUUCAUCUCAGGAAUCAACCGUGAUUUCUAUUUGACACCAUCUAACACAAGCAAAGUCAUUCAAUACUCAGACAACGAGCUCCAGAUUCCAGAAGGCGACACUAACUGUUUAUUUGUUUUCCCUUCAUCAGACAAGAUCAAAUCUAACAUCACGUUGUUUGAGAAUGGCUUCACAGUCGAGAAUCAAACAGGUGUUGAGAAUACACCACUUUAUGCUGCAUACAUCCACAGGAACAAAGUUUCAAGUGACAGUGAAACCUAUCUUAAGAUCACAGGCAACAGCAACUACAAUGACGACAUUCGCAUGGUUACUAUGUCCAAAGGCGGCAAAGACUUCUACAUCGAGAUUGGUGGCACUCCAGUUGGCUUGAUUGUUGGUGUUAUUGUUGCAGUUAUACUUAUUGGCUGUCUUGCAGCGGGUGGAUACUUCCUUAUCAAACACAUCAAAGGCAAACAAGCAGACUCCUCCUCACGUGGUCCUCAAACAGUUUUAGUUUAA